UUUCCGGCGUCGCCUGCUGCUCCGGUGCCGCGGCGACCGUCGACAGCACUAAUGGUUAUGACGAGAGUCUGGCCUCGGGGGCCCGCGCACGCGCAGGGCACUGGGCAGACCACGCACCGCGUCGCGACGCUUCGCUCGUCCGCUGCUCGUCCACCCCUCUCUCUCUCGUAUGGACACAGGGACUCCUCAAAGACGACGUCCCUCGCAGCGGGAGCCGUCCGGCCAGCCAAGCAGGCAGGCAGCCAUCCGAAGCGCGGCGGCCUGACCCGAAAAUACCCAGAGAGAAAAGAGCGAGCAAGGGGGCCCGGUUCGGUCGAUGCUCUGGCAGAACCUCCCCUCGCCGUUCGCCUUGCCCUUGCCCGGGCUGCCGCGCUCGCUCGCGACCAGGCCGAAGACGAGUCCGGUCUCGCGCCGCGACGCCCGGCGACCAGCGCUGUCUUGGCACGCGCCGCCGAGAAGGCCCUCGGAGAAGCAGCGCGCGCGCCCAGGGCCCGGAGCCGCCGUCGGACUCCGCUCGCCCCAUGAGCGCCCGUCGAUGGUCACCGCCUCGUCCACCUUCCGCUCGGGAGGCUGGCCGUCCGUGCCCUUGCUGCUCCUGCUGCUGGCGGCCGCUGCUGGUCUGGCCUGCUGCUGGUGGAUCGCGGUCUCGUCGGCGGCGGUGGCUGCGCCAGCAGCGUCGGGCAGCAGCGACGCAGUUUCCAAGCCAUCUCAGUUGCUGUUCGACGAUGAGCCGAGUACGCAAGAGAUCUGGUCCGCGGUGGCGACAUCCAUCGCGCAAUGGCAGCGUGCGCACAGUGGACGCCACCGCAGAAGCGCCGACGUGGCCACAGUGGACAGGGGCGUGUGCUAUGGAUCACUCGGCUGCUUCAGGGAGGACAGCGCCUCGGGACAGCCGAAUGCCUUGCCCGAGGAACCCGGCAGCAUCGGGACUCGCUUCUACCUGAGCUCGCGUCGCAGUCGCGAGCCGCGGCUUCUGGGUGACUCGGCCUUCAACGCCUCCAAGCCGGUCAAGCUCAUCAUUCAUGGUUUCGGCAGCAGCGGCAAGCGCUCCUGGGUGCACCGCAUGGUGGACGCGUUGCUCGCCGCUGGCGACGUGAACGUCCUGGUGGUGGACUGGGAGAAAGGCGCCACACUGCCCAACUACGUCCAGGCUGCCGCCAACGCACGCCUCGUUGGGCGCCAGGUGGCGCAGGCGGUGCGGCGCCUCCUCCGUCUAGGCGCGCAGCCGCGCGACUUCCACCUGGUGGGAUUCUCUCUUGGGGCUCACGUGGCUGGCUUCGCGGGCGCCGAGCUGAGGAACCUUUCGCGCAUCACCGGGCUGGACCCGGCGGCGCCAUUGUUCGAAGGCUACGAUCACACUUCCAGGCUGGACCCUACGGACGCGAAAUUGGUAGACGUGAUCCACUCCAAUGGCGACAGCUUCUUGCGAGGUGGCCUGGGUGCAUUUGAACCUCUGGGACACGUUGACUAUUAUCCUAAUGGGGGCAAGGCACAACUGGGCUGCAACAGCGUCUUUGUGGGCGCCCUGAGCGAUAUCUUCUGGGGCCACUGGCAGAGCCUGUGCCACCACCGUCGCGCGCUUCAACUGUUCACCGAGUCGGCGAACCCGCAGUGUCCGUUUCCGGCAUUCACGUGCGCCAGCUACGAGCACUUCCAGCGCGGCGAGUGCUUUCCGUGCGAGCGACCGACAGACUGCAGCUACAUGGGGUACUUCGCGGACCGGUCCCGGGCCCGCGGGCGCAUGUUCCUGAUGACCCGCCAGGAGCCGCCCUUCUGUGCGAGUCAAUACAAACUGGUCGUUAACAGCUCUGCUGGCCAAGAGCCUUCCUGGGGCAAGAUUGAGCUGGAACUCUUCGCCGAAUCAGGUGCCAACGAGACGUUCAGCGUGACAACUGAUUCCCAGGAGCUUCGAGGUGGCCAAGGUGAGAAGGUGCUUGUCGCCGCUCACCCUGCUGUCGUCAACAUCACGAGAAUAGUCAUCAAAUACACCAAAUACCGCGGAUGGAUUUAUGGAGGGAAGGACUCAUGGUUCAUCGACAAAGUCGCCAUCCUCGACAGCUUCGGCUACACGGUCUCGUACUGCGGCCUGCGGACGCGACUCGUGGACGGGCGGCCUCUGAAGCUCCGAGUGCGACCCGAGGAUUGCCAACCAUCGUCACCACAGCGCGUGGCCCGCCUGGUGUGGCAAGUGCUCAGCGACCCCGUCGCCGGCAGUGAGCCGAGGCCUCCGCGGCUCGUCUGGACGCUGAGGCUGGAAGACGCGGAAAGCGCGUCCGCGGUCGUCGCUGCGGCGCCGCUCGAACCCCGGCCGCCAGCGGCGCUUGCACCGGCCAGAAACCGGUAGACUCCAGCAAAGCGUCAUAUUUCAAGUCACGCUUGUCUGCAAAAGGAGACUGGAUUAUAACCGCGAAUGCUGACCUUUCUGACAAGCGAGCAGAAUUUCGAAAAAAAAAAGUCUCCUGGUGAUAUGUGCAAUGUAAACGUCAUGAAAUUUCCGCAGACGGCGAGACCGUUGGAGAAACUUUUCAGCUGACAUUUGGGAGCUCCUGACUGUUGACUCCGCUUUGAAAACCAUUCCGGAGAUGAACGUCACAAGCAGAAUUACUGUAGGCGUAGUUUCAACGCACUUAAUAUUUUAUUGCAAACAGGGUAACGAAUUGUUGAAGAACUGAAUAUUUAUUUCACAGUCACUGUCUACAAUAUCGCAGAGAAUGUCUCGGCGAAAGCCAUUCUUUGCAUGUAAAUUUGUUUCUAGGCUCUUUACCAUGACUCAUGUUCCUUUUCAAUUUCUGACUAGCAUUGAGCACUGUAGGUUUCAGUACGUUGUUUUAUUGUAUUGACACUGUACAUUGGACAAUGAUGUACUUCGCUAUUAAUGUGAGUGCGGAUAGUUCAUGUUCGGUGUUAUCUUGAUUCACCCUCUCCUCUCAACAAAGAAGCAAAACAUUUUUUUGAAUUUGUCAUCGCCUACCAAACGCACAUGCACUGAUGCACAUCCUUUAGCAUGUGGUUACAGGAAGGACAUGGUAGCCAAGGGUGCCACACUGGUGGUGAACCGUCAGUGGGGUUAAAGGUAUGACGACCUUGUUUUGAAGAGCUCGUACACGUUUGUCGUGCCAUUGGCUCGAGGAAUAGUUGCUCGAGCCAAUGGAAGUCGUCUAAAUCUCCUGCUAUGCACUCGACUUCAUCGUUCGCUGAGACAAAAAUAAGGCCGUUACAGCAUCAAGAUCUCGAAGCACCUACGACUGUCAUGUAACAUAAAACUAUAUCAGUGUGAUUUUAUUCCACAAGCCUGACGUCAAGUUUACGUAACCGCAGAUGCAAGCACCAGGUGACCCGCAGCGUUGCUUGAAUAGCCCAACCAAACGCUGUCCUCGAUUAUGGGAGGUCACUUUGCUUUGAAAGUCAGCAGCAGUGUCUACCUUCACAUAUUUUUCUGCUCGGAUUGGCUGAGAAGAGGGGAGGAGUGCGCAAAAAGUGGAGAGGGUGUCGGCAUCUGCGUUUGUUGCACUUGCCCUUGCUUAGCUUAGCAUUCGCGGUGGCGUGCAAGGGGAAGCUAAACAUGGCGGUAAAACGGGCCCUCAGCGAAGAAGUGUUUGCAGAGCAAUGUCGUACGCGCGGACGAUAGCGGCUCGACAACGCUACACUGCCACGUAAAAUUAUUUAUUAGAGAGGUUUAGCUUUCCGGUAUUCCACUAAACGCAGGCGGACGGGGUGGUUGGGGCGUUGGGGCGGAGGUGUAAACAGGAGCAGCGUGAAUGGUGCAGCCACCUGGUGGCGCCGAGAUCAAACACACCAAAACAGCUAAUAUUGCAGUAACCAAGUGCAUUUUACUUUGCUGCGCGUGUGAAGUUUUCGCAGCAACACGAUUACGCAAGUGCGGAAAUUUACACCAGCAGCGAAAUCGAAUGCACUUGGUUUAGGUGAUAUUAGCUGUUUUUGUCCCUUUGAGCGAGAUGGUUGUCUCUUUUAACGAGGUGGCGGCACCAUGCAGGGCACUCUCGUUUACGCCUCCACCCCAACGCCCCGCCUGCGUUUACCUGAAUACCGGACAAGCUAAACCUGUCUGUUAUUCGCUAAGAAAUGUACUUAUGCUUGCAGCUCCCAGUAGCCAGUGCCAGAGCGGUCCGCGGGCAAUCAUCUUUUAUUCUUUUUGUAACAGGCCAGCCUCCGGGUAUUCUGCAGAGCGUUCAGUUUUGUUUAGCACAAUAUUUAGUGCGCACAACCCAUUAUGAUAUGGCAAGUUUUCGCGGUUCUGUGACGUCUCGUGACAGACAAGCAAAAUGGGCUUUACUCGAAUAUCUUGCACUGGUCAGGGAGGGCUUGUGGUAUAAAUUGAAUAGAAACAAAUUAGAAUAGCGCUACGGUAUAGCGCCCCUCGUGUAAUCAUCGAGGCAGUGGUAUGAAAGGCGCAGCCGCCGAUAUGUUAUCGAUAAUAAGUGCGCAUUACGGUGCUUAUCCAGGAUAACUGGUUAGAGGGAAAAAUCUCCAUUCUUUUAUUUUAAAUUCCAGCUUACGCUUAUGAAAGUCAGACGAAUUCACUAGAAGAUGAUGACAUGAUCUGAAGAACAGUGGGUGGAAAAAGGGAGCCUUCAACUGGAAGUUCCGAAUAUGAAGAAAAGUGCGUUGUUGAUACGUUCGUUAGCUGUCUAGGCUCUCCUUGUUCAUGAAUUAUCUUUCUGUUUCCAUUUGUGUGCCGUCUGUGAACUCAGUGUUGAGGAACAACAAUUUUUGUUUGAUCGCGAUCUUGUGUUCGGUAAAAGUUGUAAGAUUUACGCGACGUGGUUGAAGCUGCUGGCGGCUUUGUAAAUAAUAUGUGUACAGUGCACCAAAAAUCCGGUGAAAUAUCAUUCGGAGCGAGUUACCCAGACCGGCCUUCGUGUUCCUGAGCUGUUUGUGGAAGAAUAGCAGGUAGUUUUAUUUAUAGUAUAGUAUUGCAACUGUUCGCACGUGUAUUUUAAGAGAAAUUAUCGAGAAAAGAAAUAAACAAUGAAAAAAGUUUGA